CUCCGGCCCACGCUGCCGGCGGAUGGCUUCUUAUAUAUAUGGCCUAGAUGGCCGGCCGUUGGUUCUCGACUUGGUGUUCACGAUAUCGCUCUGUCUGUCUUCACCUUUGAGCCAUCGUGCUCGUCCUGUCAUUCAUUGACCGAGAGACUGUUUGAUUGUACUCUCACACGCUCUUUGCGAUAUUCAUCACUCAUUAUUUAUCCCACCACAUUCAUUUUUUGUUUAACUUCUAGUUCUGAUAUUCACCCAACAUGAGGGUUUCCACCGUCUUUCCCUUGUUCCUUUCGAUCUCCAUAUGGGGUUCGCAUGUGCUGGCCCUGCCUGCUCCGCAGCAGCAGCAGGACGACGAGUCAACAGGUUCGAGCUCUAUUGCGAGAUUCACCACCGAGUCACUCCGUCCAGUCCCCAGCAGCACUCUUGACUCGAGCCCGAGCCCUGGCAGCACUGUUGACGCGAGCCCGAGCCCCACGACAACGUCGACUGUAGAGAUGGAAGAGCACGUACAGGAGGGCGGUCUGGCCGGACAGCCUGAGCCCGAUGUCACCCCAGUGAUCCUAGAGGCGCCGUCUUCGACCGAUCCUGUCCCCGUGGAGACCAUCACGAGUGCAGACUCGAAGGUGCAGAUUCCCGAAGCUCCUACCGCCACCCCUGAUGUCCGUGUUCUGGGCUUCGUCAACACUGAGCUCGACACUCGCGGAAAUCCCAACGUGGAGCCCUUCCCCACCGAGGACCCAAGGACUCAGGGCAAGUUCGAUAGUUCUGCCACCAGGGUGGCGCCGGCGGUUACAUACACCCGGCCCGCCACCAUCGUUGCGCCUGUUGCGCCUGUUGCAAAGCGAGAGGCGGAGGCGGACCACAUGAACUUCCUUCCGGUCCGACAGACCGUUACGAAUAUUUUCGGACCCAUUGCGACUACAGCCCCGCCGGCGCUGUUUUCUCGUCGGACCAAUCACCCCAUCCCGCUGCCGCCGAUGAGUGAUGGGUCCACCGGUCCCGUCCAGACCAACAAGUUCUUCGCCAACAUGAUGCUCGGAGGCCGCAACAACCCCGUCUUCACCUAUCCCUACGAGGUGUGGUGGAGCAACCAGCUCGACGCCCCCUGGGGACUCGGAAUCGACCACCGCGAGCCCGAGCAGCGCCAAUUCGGCCCUACGGAAGCUCCCUCGGGAGCCGUCCGCUGGUACGCCUCGCCCAUCUGGAUCCGGUCCAUCCAGCUCGGAGCAACGGAGUUCAAUCACCAGAGCUCGAGCAUGGAGAUGGCGAACCUCAAAACCCAGAGCGCGGAUCUCACCUUCUUUGCGGACUCGUCGGUGUCCAGGACUACCGCCAAGAUGGAGGUGACGCUGUGCCAGGGAAUGGGCUUCAUCAGUUCGACUGUUACGAACCUCACGCCGGUGCUCGACACUGCCGUCUGGGUCCGCACCCUCACCAAGGUCGAGAACUACAGGCUCGACGCCACCAAGUACCUAAUCACCCUUGAGAACGACUCCGUGUGGGCGCUCUAUGCGUUCUCGAGUUCGCUUCUGCCCACUUUGACUCCGCUGGAUCUUGUGGUCAUCAACAAUGGCCACAUCGAGGCCAGUGGAAAGUUCAGUGGAUUGAUCCAGAUCGUCAAGCUGUCCAAGACCACCACCGUGGACCCUGCGGUGGAGACCGCGUACGACAACGCCGCGGGAUCGUACUGCAAGUCCGUUGAUCUUGCGGGAUCGGUCGCUGGUAGCACUGGAAGCUAUCAGUUCAACUACCAGAGGCAGGGACCCGGCACAUCCGAGCUGUUGAUGUUUGCUCUCCCCCACCACGUCAAAUCCUUCGAGUCCACCACGACCGCCAAACUCGUGUCCGCGGUGAAGCUGCAAAGCCCCGCCAAGGGCGUCAUGACCGCCGUAGUAUCAGACCAGUGGCGUCUCCGCGAGGUGGGAAUUCCCAACACCAUAGGCUGGCUCCCCGUACGCACGGGCGGCGCCGCCACCUGGUCGGCCGCCAACCUCAACCGUCUCUCCACUGUGGCCAAGUCGGAGCUCACCCAGGACUUUGCAAAUGUGACGAAUCUCGACACCAUGUACUUCGCCGGAAAGCCCAUGGCCAAGUAUGCGUUCAUGUGUCUUACCAUGAGCGAGAUCCUGAAGGAUGUGCCACUGACUAGGCAGUGUCAGAUUAAGUUGAAGGCGGCCUUCGCUCGUUUCGCAAAUAACACCCAGAUCAACAAACUGGUGUACGAUACUAAGUGGAAGGGCGUGGUUACGGAUGCCAUCUACAAGACCGGCGAUCCACAGGUCGAGUUUGGCGCAGGCGUGUACAACGACCACCAUUUCCACUACGGCUACUUCAUCCAAGCAGCGGCGAUCAUCGCCUACCUGGAGAACAAGCACUUCGACCUCAAGAACCACAACUGGAUCCGGCUCAACGGGCCCUGGGUGAACACACUGAUCCGGGAUGUGGCCAAUCCGUCCUCCCUCGACCCGCACUUCCCCGUCUCCCGCUCUUUCGACUGGUUCCACGGGCACUCGUGGGCCAAGGGUCUCUUCGAGUCAUGGGACGGCAAAGACGAGGAGUCCUCGUCGGAAGACUACAACUUUGCGUACGCGAUGAAGCUGUGGGGCAACGUAGUUGGCGAUGCCGCCAUGGAGGCGCGCGGGAACUUGAUGCUGGCGAUCAUGAAGAACAGCAUGAACGAGUACAUGCUGCUGUCGUCGGGGAACACGAACCAUCCCGCAAACUUCGUCGGCAACAAGCUCUCCGGCAUCCUCUUCGAGAAUAAGGUUGAGCACACGACGUACUUUGGUCACCUGCCGCAGUAUAUACAUGGUGUGCAUAUGCUCCCGCUCACCGCUAUUUCGCCGUAUAUCCGUGGUCAGACGUUCGUCACCGAGGAGUGGAAUCUCUACUUUCGUGGGAAGACGGGCGCCAUCGAUGAUGGCUGGAAGGGCAUUCUCUAUGCGAACCUCGCGCUCAUCGAUGCGAAGGGCACGUUUGCGUUCUUUAAUAGCACCGGCUGGAAGGCGAAGUGGCUCGAUGGGGGGGCGUCGAGGUCGUGGUAUAUGGCGUUCUCGGGGUCGCUCGGCGGUGCUGCGUAGAAGAGGAGGGGUUGAGUUCGAUAGUUGUCUUUUUUGGAUGUUUUUAUUUUGGGAUGGUUUCCUCGGCUGCGAAGUAGUAACGAGAGCUGGUUGAUUCUGGUUAUGAAGUAUGCACAUACAUACAUUCUGGUUGCAUUUCUGUAUGUACCUACUUUGCUAUGACCGUGGAAGUAAUUGUGUUGCGAUAUCACUUUGAAUCCGGAUCGUAUGGCGAAGAUCGUAUGGCGCAGAUCCGAGGUCGGCGAGUGUGAUGCGUAUGCAAUAACGGGAGUGCCGCCGCC